GCCCGGAUCAUCAGCACCGAAGAGCGCCGCUGAAACGCGACCCGUUCCUCCCCCUGCAGGAAGAGGAGUCAUGGGCGAGGUCGAGGACAAUGUGUACAUGGCCAAGCUGGCAGAGCAGGCGGAGCGGUACGAGGAGAUGGUCGAGUACAUGAAGAAGGUGGCGCAGGGCAAGCAGGAGGAGAUGCUCUCGCUCGAGGAGCGCAACCUGCUCUCCGUCGCGUACAAGAACGUCGUCGGCGCGCGGCGCGCGUCGCUGCGCAUCAUCACGUCGAUCGAGUCCAAGGAGUCGUCGAAGGAGUCGUCGGCGCACACCGCGCUGAUUGGCACCUACCGGGCCAAGGUUGAGGAGGAGCUCAACAACAUUUGCAACGACAUCCUGGCCCUGCUGCACGACCACCUGAUCAAGGACAACCUGGAUGCCGAGCCGUCCGUCUUCUACCAAAAGAUGAAGGCCGACUACCACCGCUACCUCGCCGAGUUUGCGGGCGGCGACAAAAAGUCGGAGCACGCCACAAACGCAAAGGCCGCCUACGAGGGCGCGCAGUCAACCGCCGAGCGGUUGCAGCCCACGCACCCGAUCCGGCUCGGGCUCGCCCUGAACCAGUCGGUCUUCUUGUACGAGGUGCAGGGCGACCACACGGACGCGUGCGGCCUGGCCAAAAAGGCCUUCGACGAUGCGAUCGCCGAGCUCGACACGCUCGACGAGGAGUCCUACAAGGACUCGACCCUCAUCAUGCAGCUGCUGCGCGACAACCUGACGCUCUGGACGAGCGACGAGAAUACCGACCAGUGAGGCUCCGAGGGGGACGACACUCUAGACGGCUCUCCCAGAGAGGCGGGCUGUGGCCGGGCCCUUGUCGCCCUCUCCGAGAGGGCCGGCCGGCCGGGGAGCGCUCAGCUGCGGCAGACCGGUCCUGCGCCGCACGCCGGAGUGCGCGCUCCGCCACUCGCGGCUAUUAACGGUCGGGUUGGGUUGGAGAGGGGGGGCGGUGCUGUAGGUUCGUAGAGCCCACAUCCGAAACCGCGC